AUGGUGAUGAAGUUUGCGCCAAAGGUUCUUUCUGGUAACGAUAUAGUAACUAGACCUAGAAGAUGGAACAAGAAUGAACACAUUUUAGUUGACAAUCUAUUUUCCCAUCUCGGAUCUCUUCAUACCUGGCUUCUUCCCACUUCUUUCUACGCUGUUUUCGAUGGUCAUGGAGGCUUUGAAGACGCAACAUAUCUCAAGAACAACGCCAUUAGAUUUUUGUUCCAAGAUGUUGAUUUUCUCCAAACAUCUCAUAAUAUUGAUAAUGGUGGUGAUGAUGGUUUCUUGAAUGAGUUGAAGGAUUGUCACCGCAAAGCGUUUUUGCUCGCUGGUCGUGCCUUGGCGAAUGAAGAAGAUUGUGGUGUUUCGUCUGACUGUGGAACCACGACACUAACUACUCUAGUACUCGGCAAGCAUUUAGUUGUAGCAAACGAUGGCAAUUGUCGUAUUGUGAUCUGUAGAAAAGGGAUAGCAAUACAGAUAACACAAGAUUAUAGGCCUAGUUAUUUACCGGAACGAACAAGGGUUGAGGAGUUAGGCGGUACCAUCAAAUUCGGGUACCUUAAUGGUGAACUUGUUGUGACUUGUGCCCUUGGAGACUAG